AUGGCGGGUUUGGCUCUUCUAACGCUGUCUACGAUACAUUCGAUUAGUCAGCCGUGGAUGAUCCAUGUCUCACUACUCUUCCUAAUUGCAUUUGGUGUGGGUGGACUUAAGAGUUGUGUGAACGUCAUGGGAGCUCAACAGUUCCAUCCUGAGGAGCAUAAAGAUCUUAAUACAAGGUAUUACACCUAUUUCUAUGCUUCUAUCAAUCUUGGUUCUAUUGUUGGUGUUGCCUUUAUCAUUGCAACGAUUGUUUUCAUUGGGGGUAACUUGAUGGGUCGUUAUGUCAAGCCCAAGCCUCAGGGAUCUGCUGUAUUGGAGAUCCUUAAGGUACUCUUCUUUUCUAUUACGAGGUGCUCCCUGGAAAAGAACAAGGAGUCCAAUGGUGGUCGUUUCAAGGAUGGUUUCAUUGAGGAUGCAAAGGCACUCUUCCGAUUGAUGAUGCAGAACGUGGAUCCCAUUGCCGUGGUUUUGACUAGUGUUUUGGUUGAUACGGUGUUGUUCCCUUUUUUGAAGAGGCACAACCUAAUGCCACCAGUUCUGGUACGUUUCUGCAUUGGUUCAUUGUGUGACGCGGCGUCCCUACUCGUGGCUCUUGGUGUGGAAUUCCUCAGUUCUGGUUGA